AAGAGCUCACAAUUACCACUUUAACUUAAAGUUUCUUUCCUUCGAUAUUUCCACCGAUCUGCCCUCGAAAGGCGUAAUUGUGGCAAUGAAGAACUACCUUAUGUUAUGUUUGGUUUUACUCCUUCUCUAUCUUUGCUUGGAUGCUCUAGAACCCGAUGAAGAUCCGUACAAGAUUUUGGGUGUUACUCGCUCUGCAAGCCAGGCAGACAUAAAAAGAGCUUACAAGAAAAUGGCAAGGAAUUGGCACCCAGACAAGAAUAACGACCCCACAGCACAGGAAAUGUUCAUCAAAAUCAAUGAAGCUAAUGAGAUUUUGUCAGAUGAAGAGAAGAAAAGGAAUUUUGAUAUGUUGGGAACUACCUCGCAGCCAGGCAAUGGUCGACCACAAGGCAAACCAUUUUAUGAUCCACACAGUGGGUUUAGCUUCUUCUUCAAUGGAAUGCCUUUUCAAAACUCUUGGUCAAAACCAGGACAGAUUAACUACAGGUCGUACUACAAGGCAAUCCUACCAGCGAGUCAUGAGAGGCCCUACUUGAUCGAAAUUAUUUCGGACUGGUGUUUUGCUUGUGCACAAAUUGAGGAGAUAUGGGAAGAAGCAUCCAAUAGCGUAAAGAAAGUCGGUGUGGGAAUUGGCAUAAUCAAUAUCAACAGGAGUCCACGUCUUGCAGAUGCACUGGGUGUAGGAAGGGUGCCCUCUAUCAUUGGUGUUAUCAAUGGGAGAGUUAUGUUCUACACUGAAAUGGUUACUGUGCAGGGUUUGAAGGAUUUUGUACUGGGGUUAUUUCCACAUGGCUUAAUUGAAAAGGUCACAGCCAGGAAUCUUGAUUUUUUCCUGACAACGAGCAUCAGUAACAAACCAAGCGUCGUUUUGUUUUCUCCCAAACCUCGUCCUUCACUCCUUUAUCAUCUGGUGGCUUUCGGCAAUCACAAGCGACAGUCAUUUGGCUUUGUGUCGUUAACUGACAGCUCUUCGGAGCCUCUCAGGAAACGCUUUCGAGUAAACUUAAAGGAACCAACCGUGUUGAUCUUUAAGGAGGAAGUAGCUGUGCCAGAUGUGGUUGUUAAGGCAUCUGAACUCAAGCAUGGAAAGCUCCGUGAAGUGGUUGAAUCUCACAAAUAUCUUCACCUCCCAAGACUGUUCUCAAGGUCUGUAUUUGAUGAACUUUGUCCCGAGGAGAGGUUUAGAUCCCACCGAAGGCUGUGUGUGGUUCUUUUUACUAAACAAGGCCAACAUAAGAAAGAGAAGCUUGCCUUAAGGCUGUUGGCAACGGAUAAUAAAUUCCUUUCUGAGAGGCGGGUGAAAUUUUUGUAUAUUUACGAAGGUGUGCAGCGAGAUUUCGUGGAAGAGUUCAAAGAUGGAGUGAAGGAAGACAGUUGUGCUGAAAAUAAAACAGCAUCAAAGGUCCUAGUUCUCUGGAACAAAGGUCAAAGGAAAGUCAGGUACGACUGGCUCCCAGGGGGGUGGUGUGUAAAUGAAUCUGAAGGGCCGCUGACCAAGACUCGGCUGUCUGUCAUGUUGGAGGAUCUACUGUCUGGAGAGGGCAAGCUGCGAUACACCUCAAGUAUCCCACGAAUCUACAAUGAGCAUGCACCAGGACUCCUUUCCAUGUUGUUCAGCUGGUGUUCAGAUGCCUAUUACUACGUAAAAUCGUCUUUGUAUCGGAGAGAAACCAUUUCUUUGUUUUCCUUGUUGUGUGGAGUGGGAGUCAUUCUGGUUUUCAGUGUUUUACUUCCGAGUGCGAAUGAGCCUAUAGAUCGGGUGUACAAAGCAUCCUCUAAGAAGAAUCAGAGGCCCCUAGAAAGCGAGUCUGUCCUGGGCCUCCUUCGUUUGGACCACAGCACCGAAAAGACCCUGAUCAGAGAUGCCCCUCGGGGCCAAAUCACGUUUACUCUGCUGGUUGAUGCCACCACUACACAGGAGGUGGUAAAGCUGCCUCUCAUUCAAGCGUAUGCCGAUUUGGUUUAUCCUUACAGCAGAAACCCCAAUUUUAAAUUCACCUGGCUUUCAAUUCCUGACAACCUGGCGUGGUGUGCCGAGAUUCUGGAUGUGGACAAGUUUGGUGAAGUGACUCCUGGAAUUGUUCUCGCCUUAAACGGCUACAAGAAAUACUUGUCUGUCUUUAAACCGUCUGACCUUUCCGAGGGAGCCUUCUUCAAGAGGCAAGGGGGAAACCUAAUGGGAUUUGAUGACACUGAUAGCGAUACGGAUCCUAACGAAGAUGGAAUGACGGAAUACGAGAGAAAACGACAAAAAGUUCUGAGUUUGUCGAUUCGAACACAGUUAGUACAUUGGUUAGAGAGGUUUUGCGAUGGAAUGACGGACAGAAAACGAAUCGUGGAAUGGCCGAAGUUUACCAACUAGUUGUUUCCAUAGUUGCUGGUAGAGGAGUUUUUAUGAAUAUUUGCGCCUACCCUGCUGAACAGGUGCUUUUGUUGUUCGCACGAGGAUUUACAACGCUUCAUAUGGAACAGGACCUAGCCGCAAGACAGGUCAUUGCGACAAGGAAACGGAGCGGAGCGGUUGUUUUUAAAGUUUUUUUUUUUUUUUGGAUAUUUUGCGCGGGAAAUUGGCGCGUAGUAACAAAGCGGUCAAACGUCUACGUUUUUGCGAACGUUGCAAUGACUAGGUGUCAAGUUUUUUCCAUCAGUUUCACACACACAAGCCAGUAGGUCACGGUGUUUUAAGGAGCAUAUAACUUUUUCGUUAAAGCUUAAUGCAGAGUGGUAAAUCGACGGGACAACCGUUCUUGAUUAGGCUUUGAGUUCGAUUUCCUUACGUUUGCUUCCUUUUACAGAUUGCUAUGAACGUUUCACUUACCUCUCGCUUAUAUUACGAGACAGUGGUUGUUUCCUAAUGUUAUCUUUGGAAAUUUUGCGCGGAACACUGGUCCAAAAUUGAUCAACUCGAGCAUGCUCGACGUUUGACCGUUUUGUUGCGCGUGGCCGGCCAAAACUGAUCACCUUGCACAUAACCCACGUUUGGAGCACGUCUUAAAGCAGACAAAGGGUAUCUUUCUUGACAACUCGAGAUGCCUAGACGAUGUCAGAAAUGGUGUAGGAGUCAGUUUUGUGGAAAUCACAAUUCCUUGAUGAAAAAUUAACAGUUUACCGAAAUAAUGUCCAUUUGAAGGACAAAAAUAUUAAAAUAUUUAUUUAGAAGUUUUCGAUGCCUCAUGUUUUAUUAUUUUUUUUUUAUUAAAUUAAAUGUACAGUUUAACUUAAGUUCAAGUACUUAUGUAUGUUAAAGUGCCUGUACAAGGUUUGACAACUGAUAGAAUGAUGUAAAGAUGCUAAUGUACAAAAAAAUAAAACUUUUGAAAGGGAUGUGAAA